AUGAAGUUCUGGGCGCUCCUGGCGCUCGCUGCCUCCGUUGCAGCCAUUCCCCUGGAAGGCCCCGGGGUUCAAUUGCACAAACGCGACGGGGCAAGAAAACACAUUGGAUACCGCAUCGUCUCAAAGGCUGAAGCCGACGCCAUCUACGAAAACAAAGGCAAAGCCGUGCAGUCCCUAGGCAAAGGGGCCCGCCAGCUCGGCCAGGGCACCUACAUCUCGCCCCGGUUCCAGGACUUUCCCGAAUGGAACCCCGAAGAUGGCGCCCCUUGGGACUGCGUGGCGACGAUCGACGCCGACGUAUGGGACGGCUGGAAAAAGGCCUGGAUCCCGAAGUCGUUCGAGUUCCCGGAGGACAAAGAGAAGAAUCCGGAUAAGUGCAAGCCGCUGAUGCUGUGGACGCCACGAUGGAAGGCGAACCGCGCACGCUUCCUCACAUACCUGGACGCGUCCAUGACGGCCAACAACACUGUGCUCUUCUCCAAGGUGCUUAGCCAUGAGGAAAAGGAUCAGGCGUUGAUCCCGCCCGCCCUUGUUGAUACCGGUGAGCUGUAUUUCGCGCAGUGUGCCGAGCGGGGCACCGAUGCCAACGACCAGAUUGGCAAGAUGGGCGAUGUAGAUUGGGGUCUGCCAUCCCUGCCGGGCUGGGGGCUGGGGACGGAUUCGUAG